GUGGAGAAGGCUCGCGAGUCGCGCACGAAUCGGGCGGCGAGAGCCGCUCGACGUGCUUUGCUGCCCCCGGACGCUUCGGUGGCAUCUCAGCAGCCGUCGGAUCUCUCGCGGGCCGAUCAGACGGCCAGAACUCUCCCUGUAAUAAUAACUGUGAGAAUAGCAGGAAGCCAGCAAGCGCGGGCGGUUCCCGUUCUCCCGCCGCAGCAAACAUCGAACGCCUCGCGACGCGAGCUCUCUCGGCUCUCGCGCGAUGCGCGCGCGGCGCGGCGCAGCGGCGGCGGCGCGGCCGGAGCAUCUAGCCGCGCGCCUCGUCAAGUCGGCGUCCCCGGACGCGCUCCUUGUCACCACUGCGAUGCGCGGCUACCUCCGCGCGUGCCUCCCGCUGCAAGCCCUCCUCCUACUCCGCUCGCUGCUGCCGCGGGCGCCUCGCUUGCUCGGCAACUCCUUCUCCCUCUCAAUCGCGCUGCAGGCCACCGCCGCUGUCUCUGGCUCCGUGCUCUCCACGCUUGGCCGCGGCCUCGGCGCCGCGUCCCUCCACGCGUGCGCGCUCAAGUCCGGCUUCGCAGCUGCUGACCUCUUCGUGCGCACUGCGCUCGUAGAGGCCUACGCCAAGGCUGGUCGCGCGGACCUCGCGCGCGCCGCGUUCGACGAGGCGCCACGCCGGGACGUGUUCCUCACCAACGUCAUGCUCGCGGCCUACGUUGCGCGCGGUGAGGUUGCGGAGGCGAGAAAGGUGUUCGACGGAAUGCGAGACAGAGACUUGGUCUCAUGGAACACGAUGAUCCACGGGUACGCGGUGAAGGGGGAGGUCUCCAUGGCAAGGGAGAUAUUCGAUGGGAUGGAGGACAGAGACGACUUCUCCUGGAGCUCGAUGAUGUCAGCAUACGCCAAAGGCCGGCGGUCCAAGGAGGCGUUGGAGCUGUGGCAAGAGAUGCGCGCAGCCUAUGUCUCCCCAGACCGCAUCACCAUGGUGAGCGUGCUCUCGGCAUGCGGCGACAUGGGGGCGCUGGCCGUUGGUGCAGAGGUGCAUCAGUUUGUGGAGAGCAACGGGAUCGAGGUGGAUGUCAAGCUUGGAACUGCUCUGAUCGACAUGUAUGCCAAGUGCGGUGACAUCGAGAAUUCACUGAGAGUGUUCCACUCUAUGCCAGCAAAGGAUGUGCUGACUUGGAGCUCGAUGAUCAUCGGGUUGGCCAAUCACGGGCUUGGACAUGAUGCUCUCAGCUUGUUCUCAAGGAUGAUAUCACAAGGACUGCAACCAAAUGAUAUUACCUUCAUUGGAGUUCUUAUAGCCUGCACUCAUCUUGGUCUCGUGAGUGAUGGCAAGAAGUAUUUCAGCUCAAUGAGUGUAGUGCAUGGUGUAGCACCAAAAGUUGAGCACUUUGGAUGCAUGGUCAAUCUUUUGGGGAGAUCAGGUCAUAUUGAGGAGGCAAGGCAGCUCAUCAGGGACAUGCCAUUUGAGCCAGAUGCAGUAAUAUGGAGGGCACUUCUUGGGGCUUGCCGCAUCUAUAAGAAUGUAGAAGUUGCAGAGGAAGCUAUGGCUAAACUGCGAGUAUUGGAUCCUCAUGCCGAUGGGCACUACGUCUUACUGUCAAACAUAUAUGCACAAGCAAAUUCAUGGGAAGGUGUUGCAGAGAUGAGGACGAUGCUUAGAAGGGAGAACAUUCAGAGAAUUCCUGGAAGAAGCUCAAUUGAGUGGCAGAACACAAUUCAUGAGUUUGUUUCUGGUGAUAGAUCACAUCCAAGGUCCAAGGAGAUCUACGAAAUAUUGGAGGAGAUGAUGGAUCGCUUAAGACAAGCUGGAUAUAAGCCAAUGACAGGCUUAGUGUUGCAAGACAUUGAUGAGCAAUCUAAGGAGCGUGCAUUGGCUGAACAUAGUGAGAAGCUGGCCAUUGCUUUUGGUCUGCUAACCACCCCUGCAAGGUCAACUCUCCGAAUAACAAAGAAUCUUAGAGCUUGUGAAGACUGCCAUUCAGCUAUUAAGCUUAUUUCCUUGGUAUACGAUCGCAAGUUGAUCAUUAGAGACCGUAACCGUUUCCACCAUUUCAGUGAAGGACAAUGCUCAUGCAAGGACUACUGGUGAAGUUGCAAACUUGUACCAAAGGAGUUGUUAUUCAUGAGCUUGAGAGGUGUUCCUUUAGUUGAACACGCAUCUGAAAGGAUUUCAUUCAAAGAACAACAUAUCAUACUCUCUUUCUUUAGUCAUGAAAGUCGUCAGGGGCUUCAGAAGCAAAGAAUCUUACAUUCCGUUAUCAAUAUGUAAGAGAAACAGAGACCAGCUUUUCCUAGCCUACAUAGCUUUGGGGCUUCGUCUAUCUAAAAUAUCGGCCAAGUCACAUUAGUCUGCAGGCAAUUACCAAAGCCGGCAGGAAGCAAAGCCUGACGUGGACACCACCCACAAAUGAAAUCAGACCGAAAGCUGCCUGAAGAAAUGCAGAGAGGAUGAGUACUGGAUGACGCAGUGCAUCCAAUUAUUGGGACCGUGCACGCCACCUCUACAAUCGAAAAGCCAUUUUAUCCACUCGGUGGCUUCCGGAUUUCCUAGAGGUAACCAGGCAAGCCUCAGCCCUCAGGAGUCAGGACAAGACAACUCCGUCGCAAUCUCGUUCAUCGGUGUGGCGUCCUGGGAGCAGCAGACGCCAUCGGAUCAUCAGGUCUGACGGCUGGGAUCUCACGUGACCCCCGGGUGUAGACAGUCCUCACACGAUGAUCUCAUCGCCGUCAGCAGAUUUGGAGGAUCCGAGACGUGACAUCCCGGAGGUUUGUUUUCGUUGCGGGCUCUUUUUCUUGAAUUAUUAUACGGCUAUAAUUCUGCUCUGCACCAACUGGAAAUAGACCCGGGGAAAUAAAAUGAAUUGAAAUGAAAUAAAAAUAAGAGGCACGAGGACAGAAACCAUUCUUGGAAUGCAACAGGAGGGGAGUCUGUGCUGGGCAGUUGGGUUUAACUGGGUUGGGUGAUUGGGUCAGCCGGUCAGGUGGGUGGAAAUUUUGUACUUAGGCAGGUCCUUUCGGGCGUCCGGCGUCCAUUUGUUUCUUUGUUUUGCAUGGGUGUCCAAGUCAA